GUGGCUGAACCACCGCAGACAACUCUGAGCUGGGAAGGGGAGGAUAGCAAGGCUCCAUAUCUCUCCUUGUCAAAACUUCCUUGCCCUUGUGGGAGGAUGAAGGGGCCUCGCUUAAAGGAUGAUCUGAUGGCUCUGGAUGGGGUAGACGCUGGUGCCCUGAAGCGCAAUGUGGUGCAUUUGUUGCUCCGACACCCUCAGGGGAUCAAAUAUGGCGAUUUUUCUGGAGCCUUCUACAAGCUCCAUGGUCACCACCCCCAACUGGCUCUUCAUGGGUAUAGCUCACUCAAGUUCUUGCUGACUGACAUGAAAGACAUGGUGGUUCUAGAAAAGAAUUCCCUGGAAACAGUAAUCAAGGUGGCCAAUGGCUUUCAUCUUAAUCGCUGGUUCGAUGAACAAGAUGGAUGGAGCAGCUCUGAAGAAGGAUUGGACAGCAUUGACGAGGAAAUGCAGAGCCUGAUAGAUGAAAUGGAUAAUGAAGCAGGAAGUUGGUGUUUUACAGAAGGACCAAGAAGCCAAGAACCAGACAGCUUUGUGCUAAUCCGGGAUGUCAUCGGAGAGCAUCCCCAUGGACUGAAGCUGAGUAAACUGAAGCAGAUUCUGAAUGAAAAGCACGGAUUUGACCUGGAGAAAUUCAGGGUUUCUCUGGGCUGCGAGGACACAUUAUCCUUACUGGAGGGGAUUCCUGGGCUCCUUCUCCAGAAGCGCAAAAAUUGGGUCAUCCAGCGGCAAUCAGAUCCUUGUGGUCCUGCUUCUUCCCUGGAUACAGAUUUCUCUGCGUGCAACUCCGUACCACAAAAGAUGAUGGGAAAGAAAUCUGAAUAUCUUAGCCCAACCCCUUCUUUGGACACCGAUUUCUCUGCCUGUAACUUCAACACUGCAGCCUGGGAGUUGAAGGCAAAGAAAGCUGUCUUGGCUGCUGCCUUAGUGCCUAUCGUAGAUACUCUUAGAGGCCACCCGAACGGUCUAGAUCUACAAACGCUGAAGGAGAACUUGAAGAAGCGUGGGUUCGACUUGGAGAAUUUCAGCCAAGAUAUGGGUUACGAUGACACAGUAUACUGUCUGCUCGAAAUGCCAGGGCUCCAUUUGACUUUUUCGUGUGGCAUGGCACCCUUCAGCUGUGUGGUCCAGCUUCUUUCACAUAGCCUUGGACGUCCAGACUUGCCACUCAGUGCUGGUUCUUCUUUGCACAAACCCUUACCUUCCAGUGGUUCAGACAUCCUCCCGCAGGAGUUGAUGAAGACAAAGCCAGCUGCCCACAGCUCUGCAACAGCCCAGUCCAAUGCUUCUCUUUCCUGUGACUCGGAAUGCUCUGCCAGAACAUCUAAAACCCUCAACCAAAAUGGCAUGAGAAAGAAACUUGUCCCGGCAGAAGUCAUGGCAUUGGUCACUGAUGUCCUAAAUAACUAUACAUUAGGACUGAGCAUUAAAAAAUUGAAAAAGUUCCUUCUGACCUUGAAAGGAUUUGAUCUAGAGAAGUGCAGUAUUGCCCACGGCUACAAGGACACACUGGAAUUUUUGGAGCACCAAAUGCCUGAACUAAAGAUCAGAUAUGACGAGAACCGAGAGAAAUGUGUUGUUAAAGGAAAAGAAGCUCUUCCAGAUCCCACCAGUUCUCCUGCAUCCCAACUAAAUGCUGGUUCUGCAAGCAAGUCUAAAACCGUGAACCAAAAUGUACUAAAAAAGAAGCCUGCCUCAGCAGAAGUCAUGGCAUUGGUCACUGAUCUCCUACAUUCCUAUGAAUCAGGACUGUGUGUUAAAAAACUGCAGAAGUUCCUUCUAACUUUGAAGGGAUUUGAUCUAGAGAAGUUCAGCAUUGCCCAAGGCUACAAGGACACACUGGAUUUUUUAGAGCACCAUAUCUCUGAAUUAAAGAUCAGAUACGACGAGAACCGACUCAAGUGUGUUGUUAAAAUAAAAGCAGGACAAAGCAAAAGGAAGAAGCAGGAGGAGUGUCAGGGUUCUCAAGAGAAAACAAAAAAAUGUCCUGCAGUUAACUCUGUCCCUCCCUCGCCUGAUGUCCAGCCACAGGUAGGGGCGGAGCCAACAAGAACAGUGGGACCGCAAAAUGCCACACCAGAUGUUGGAGGCGUCUCCAAGCCUUCCUUCAUCUUUGGUGAUGUCUCUGUUCCUGAAAUUUUAGCACAGAAGAGGUCUCAAGCCAGCAUUCCUGUCCCAUUCACUGCAAUUCCAAUCCAUCCAUUCUCUAAGGAGCACCAUGGUGCCUCUUCCGGCGAGGCUAAGAGUUCAUUUCAGGCUCCCUCUGAUAUUCCAGCCCAGCCGUCGAGUGCAGGCCAUUUUGGCGGACCGCCUCCAGCUAGAGAGUUAUCCUGUCCCACAGAUGCCCAGCUGCUAAGCCAAUCCAGCCUGACCAAACCCCCUCACUUUGAAGAUUUGAGUGAACAGCAGGUGAAACGGCAGGUAGCCCGUAUCCUCGCCAUGCACCCUGAGGGCAUGUCACUGUUCCAGUUCCGUGCUGCCUACAGCAUCACCUUUCAGCAUCCCCUGCCCCUGGGAAAUGCAUCCUCUGCCAAGCAGCGUCUGCUGGAAAUGUCAGACAUCGUCUGCAUGAAGGGCUACGGGGUUCAGACGUUGUUACUCCCUGUAUCCCCUGAAGAACUACCUCCAAAACUUGGCCUGCCUGUUGUUUCCAGGGUGGAAAACGCUGCAAGGGUUCCUGCUGGCUCUUUGCCUAACACUGUGGCAAGUCCUGGACCUGUGGUUCUUCCCGUGCCUUCUACUCCCAAGUAUCCAGUGGAGCCUCAUUCUCACUCCAUUUGCUCUCCGUCUUUGGAUCACCCCAGAGCACCGGACAUGGAGGAGAAGUGUGUGUUCCCUGAGGGACAACUCCCAAGAGAUGCAAAAAUGGUAGCUCCUUUACAGGAUCCUGCGAGGCCCAAAGCCAGCUUAGGAGGCCAGCCUGAUCUGUGUAAAUCAGAAAAUACUUCAGUGAAUCUUGAUUAUACUUUGCCUAAACCUGUGGUGAAAGUUGAACCUGUGGUGGCUUCCAAGCCCUCUCUUCCCAAGACUCCAGUGGAGCCUCAGCCCUGCUCUAUUCUGCCCCUGGCUCCAGACCACUUCAGAAUACCAGACCUCAAGGAGAACUGUGUUCUCCCCAAGGGGCAACUCCAGAGGACACCUUUACAGCAGUCUGUAAGACCCAAAGCCAGCUUAGGAGGUCAGCCUGAUUUGUGUAAAUCAGAAGAAGCUGCAAUGAAUCCUUGUUAUUCUUUGCCUGCACCUGUGGUGUUUCCAAAACCUAGCGUUAAGCCUUCCUCUUCUGAGGCUGGAGCGGAGCCUGUGACUCAGCUGUAUCCUUCUGCCUCCUCAACAUCAGCAUAUGUCAGAGCACCAAGUAACAAGGAGAGUUCUUUCCUUCCAGAUUCUCAGCUCCCAAGGCCAUCCCAGCCAGUAGCUCUUGUGGGAGAGAAUGUAAAGGCCAGAGUCAGGCCAAGAAAGAAUAUUUUGAUUCCCCACUCCCCUGUGGUCUUCCCCAUAGAGCCCCAAGUUAAAAGGCUGAGUGGAGACUGUACAUCAGAUGGCCUUCCAUCCAGGCCCAUGGUUCAAGCUAAUCCAUUUUUUGUCAACAUCCCAGUUCCUUCCCUCUUUCAGCCUGUCCUUACUAAUUUUGUAGCCAUGGCACAGCCAGUUGUCUAUCCACCAGACACACGUCUUCCAGGAACUUCUGCAAAUCCCUCUCUUGCUCAGCCAGUGCCUCAAAGCAGACCUGCCCAGCCGACAUCUCCCAUCCGGCGUAUGGAACAGAUUGACCGUACUCGCACCACCCACAGGAUUGAUCACUUACAGAGAGCUUCCAGUACACAGCUGCAAAAGCAUAGCCCGGCUCCUCUUUUCUCUACAGACAGGCAUCCUAUUUCUUCGCCUUCUGUAAACCCAACCAGCCAUCAACCCUUCAAAUCCCACUCUGUCGAGUCUUCAGAAUGUGUUCACCAUACCAGGUUGUGCAGCUCAGUUUCCACAGCUGAUAAUAGUGUGGUUGCUGCACCCUCAGCCAGACUACAUUCAAAGCCUGUAGUACCGGUAUGUCAGAAGCAGUAUGUUUCUGUGAACUCUCUUGUAACCACCACCAGUACACAAUCUAGUGCAUCCCAUCAGUCUGCCUCUUCUCCCUUUAAUAUUUGCACUGAAUCCGAUACUCAAACUUCUAAGCCCAUAGUCUCCAUGCCUCAGCCACACCACACCCUUGUGAAUUCUGCCUUAGCCUCUUCAAACUCACAGCAGUCCCCCUUGUUACCUUCUAGAGGUUCCCCUGCCAGGAGGGCAAACCAGCCCUCCUCUUUUUCUUUUAGAGCUAAUACAGAUUAUGAUGCCUCCCCCCAAAGAAAAACCUUGCCAGGAAUUUCCAGUGAGGGUAGUGAACGAGACAGUCACUGGUUCACUUUGCCAGAUAACCAAAAGUACCACGUGCAGGAGCCAACAAAGCCUUACGCUUUCCAGACUAGCCCACCUCCCCAAAACUCUGACAGAUGUGUCAUACUAUAAGAACAAGGAGUUCUGAGGUGCCCUGCGAUGAAACUUACGGAAAGAUAUUUUUGUCUUUUAGUGCAUUCAAAACUCGCAAGCCGCACAGCUUGGUACAUCCUGUCGGCUUCGAUUGUCUGUAUACAAGGAGCAGGGAAUCUUGCUUCAUGUAUGGAUGUUGCAAUUCAUUCUUGGGAUGGGAGGAUGCCACAUGAGCCUCAUCAUCAUUCCACAGGCACCUUAGGUGUGCUUCCCUUGAUGAGGCAUCAAACAGGGAGAUCCCCUGCAGCCAGGGAAGGUCCAAAACAGAAGUGGGCCAGGUUUUCCACUAGGAAGGCAUGAUGUCUAUGCUAAAUAACAAGGCAAAAGGACAGGGGGAACGGUCCCAAACGCCAAGGCAAAGGCACACUAAGGACAUGCCAAAAGGCCGCUGCUGCAAU